AUGGAAAAAUCCAGAAAACAAAAGCAAAAGCGGAUGAUGGGAAUAGACAGUAAUGGUGGUGAUAUUGAUAGGUUGCCUGAUGAUGUAGUGAUUAACAUUCUGUCACACAUGAGCAUCAAGAGAGCUGCGAGGACUAGUGUCCUCGCACAUAAAUGGAGAUAUCUUUGGAGGUUUUCCCAUGGGAUUCUUCGAUUUGAUGGGAAACUAAUGGGAAAUGAAAAGUUCGAGUCGUGGGUGAAUGGUGUGCUGGAUCUUCAUCAAGCUCCAUAUAUUGAGGGCAUGAUCAUUAGUUUUGAGAUGACAUCUACGUCUCCUGCAGCAGUUGAGAAAUGGUUGAAUUUUGCUGUGAGAAAGGAAGUUCAAAGGUUGGAAUUGAAUCUCUCAUUUGGUGAUAUGUAUAGACAAAAAUUCCUAAGGAUGUGUAGAUAUAUAUUCCCAACUCUUGAUGAGUUAAGAUCACAUUCACAUUCACAUGCAUUUUGCCGCCUGAGAAGCCUUAGAUUGGCCCAUGUUGAGAUCACGGUCGAUGUGGUUCAUUAUUUUCUAGCAUCGUGUCCCGAUCUUGAAGAGCUGCGCAUACAGUUAUCUUACAAGUUUUGGGGGCAUCUCCGAGUUGUUGAUCCACCAAGCUUGAGAGUUUUGGAGAUAACCAGAUGCCUCUUUGUCAAGAGUUUGGAGAUAUCUGCCGUGAGACUCGUCUCGUUAAUAUAUGGAGGGCCCAAGAACAGCUUGCUGCUGAAAAAAGCUCCGAAUCUUCGUGAAUUAUGUGUUAGAGGUGAUGUGUGUUUGUUCUUUGUUCUCGAGCCCAAGAGCUAUUCGGAUCAGCUGGUGAAGCUUGUAUUGGAUUUUCGAUUUCCGAGUGUAUAUAGAAGUUGGGUUGCUGCUCCUCCUGAUUUGCCUCGAUUAUGCUCUCUCAAACGGCUGCAAGUGUAUGCUCAUACAACAUGCUUUUCAACCCUUGACAUUUUCACAUCAUUGAUUGAGGCAUCUCCACACUUAUGCGAAUUUAGGAUUGAGCUGAGCUGCUCGGUAGAUCUUCUUGAAUUUGCUAUUUAUUCAGGUAGGUAUCCACUUCCUCAUAUAGAAGGAUCCAAGGUUGGGAAAUUCGUUCAUAGAAAUCUUAAGGUGGUUGAGGUGGGUGGCUACAUUGGACUUGGUCACGCAGAAGAAUUGCUGGUGGCAUUGAUUUCGAGUUGUCCAUCACUUGAGAGGGUUGCGAUUCAUAUUCCGACUGAUUUCUAUCAUGAUCCCGGCGUUUGGUGUACGAUGAGCAAGUGCAGGCUGUGUAAAUACGCCGUGCCUUAUGCAACCUCACGCGAGGAAGCAAAAGGACGCGCCCAACGUUUCAUAGCCAAGACGCGGAAGCAGAAGCCGAGUCUGCAGGAGUGGAAGCAGUGCCAGCGGGAGCGCCUUGAAUUCAUCGUCACAUGAAUUUUGAAUCUGCCAUUUUGAUUCUUUGGAGCAUUACUAUAUGAGUCAGGGGAUUUUUUAGGACAAUAACUUAUGUUAAUUUGGAAAUUAGGACAAAAACUUUCGGACUUGUAAAAA